GGGUUUUACCAUUGAACAGUAAACUGUUGUCUAUUUCUUUCUCUCUUUUUUUAAUUAAUCUAAAAUAUCUGUCUGUCACCCAUUUUCUUAUUCAUAUGUGGAAUAACACUGAUUGACCGACGGAUCUUCCCAACUUUAAAAACUCUCAGUCUCCCACCAUCUAUAAAUAUCAACAUCUUUCAUCACUUCCCAAAGAACAAGAAACCAUUUGAUCCAUAGCUCAUCAAAGCAUUAAUUGAUAACUGAAAACUGUUGUUGAGUGCUCCUUGCCAAUGGUGAAGACUGAUCUGCAGAAGAUUCAAGUUCAACCACAACCAUCAAAGCAAAUGAAGGCAUCAACAUCACCCACACCACCACCACCAUCCUCAUCAGCAUGCAAAAAGAAGAAAUAUAAGGGUGUGAGAAUGAGGAGCUGGGGUUCUUGGGUGUCAGAGAUUAGGGCUCCAAAUCAAAAAACAAGAAUCUGGUUAGGGUCUUAUUCUACACCAGAAGCUGCUGCAAGAGCCUAUGAUGCUGCACUUCUUUGCCUCAAAGGUUCCUCAGCUAAUCUCAACUUCCCAAUCACAUCCUCACAUUACAUCCCUGACCCUGACACCCUUUUGUCUCCAAAGUCAAUACAAAGAGUGGCUGCUGCAGCUGCUAAUAGUUUUGUCGUCGACCAUGGCGUCUCCAGUGCCGCCACCCCACCGAUAUCCCCAGCACCUCCCUCCACUUCCUCCUCUUCACCAGCUUCUUCCCCAUCAAUGUCCUCCUCACCAUCUGAUCAUCAAGUAGUUGAUGUUGAUGAUGAUGCUUAUAUGUCACUCAUACAAUCUCUUGCUGCAAACGACGAGCCUAUUUCUCUGAUGGAACCAUGGUACUCCUCCUUUGACAGCUGCCUGCAAUAUUCUCCCAAGCAUAUUGAUCAGAUGUUCAGUGUAUCCUCACUUAAUCCACCCUCAAUGAUCCAUGAUUUCUAUGAUGAAGGUGAUGAUAUCCGCCUAUGGAGUUUUUGCUAAGGCAAAAAAAGAAAAAGUCCAGCAUUAAACCAUUCUUUUAUUCAUUCCUAUUCAUUGAUAUUGAUCUUCACUUGUUGCUUGAAGAUGUUACUGACAGUGACCAAACAAUUCAUAUUUUAGUGUAAUUUGAGUUAAGGAGAAUGAAUCCACAUGGAACAGAAACCAUUGUUUUUUGGAACUCUAAUGUGGAGCCUUCUACAUAUUCAAUGUAUCAAAUUAUGAAUAUUGUCAUAUUCAAGAGAAAAAAAAAUCAUCUUUUUUUUUUUUUUUCAAUUUUCCUUUUCCUGUAAUAUUUGUAUGCAGAGGCCUUUGGGAAGUGUGGGGAGCCCCCAAUUUACUUUAAUUUGUCAUGGUCAAAAAUAUUCACCGGGAACAAACUGUAGAGACCGUUGAAACUUGAAACCGAAGCAGUUUUGUGCUUGUUAAAAAAUUCAAAGUUAACAUUAAAUGCGGUAAGGGAAUAGAUAGAUUGUAAAAAUGGGAUGUUCCAAGUUACUCGGUUUAACCAAUGAAGCCUUUUUAUCCAAACAAGAAAAAAAAAGGAAAGCCUCGAAGCUGUUCACAUUUGA